AUGAAUCUUAAGGGUUCAAACAGUUUGACUUCUGAUGAGCUUUUUGGUCAACUCUCUUAUGACCUUAAUAUCUCCGACGAAAAGUCUUUACUAACUUUGACAUUUCUAGGUUCUGAAAAACUGGAGUACAAUCUCACCUGUCCUAUUUGCUUGGACAUUAUUUUUCAACCAUAUUCUUUACGUUGUGGACACAUUUUUUGCAAGUCUUGUGUUUGUUUGGCAGCUAGUGUAUUGAUCAUUGAAGGGUUCAAGUGUGCAAAUCAAGAUUCCAAGUGUCCAGUUUGCCGAGAGAGUGGAGUGUAUGCUAAAUCAGUUUGCAUGUCUGAACUAGGUUUGCUCUUACAACCAAAGUAA